ACAUGUCUCCGGGACCCCCCAUGGCUCGACGUAUAUAAAGGAAUACGCAUUGUGACUGACCCUGCCCGCCUUUACGAAAGAAAAUGUGGUCAUCCUCGUUCUCACCAGUCUUUGUCCCCUCGUCACUGCAACUUUAUGAGGCAAUGCGUAGAAUUUACUCAUCGAUUCCAGUGAAACCCGCCAAUCUCACACCGUGCCACGCCCAUAGAAUUCAUAGAUACAGGUAUGCACCACUGUUCCUCACUUUCCUAAAUGCUUCGCUUCUUAGCUAUCUACAUGCACCCACUAGUCCUACUCUUGCUCUUUAUUGUACUUUAGGGUGUACUAGCUAUAGAAGGGCUAGUUAUAUUUCGAUUACACUAUUUUCGGUGACGAUAUAACACUCUAGCGCGUCUCCCUCAGUUUUUUUAUGCGAAGAAGAAACUGGAACAACGUGUAACGUCGCA